AUGACGACGACUACAAGCCGUAUGACGACGACUACAAGCCGUAUGACGACGACUACAAGCCGCACCACGGUCACAAGUCUUAUGACGGUUACAAGUCCUACAACAGCUACAAGACGACCGACCCAUACAAGCCUUAUCCGUCCGACUACAAGCCAUAUGACGAUUACAAGCCAUCUACCACUUAUAAGUCGUAUAAACCAUCUCAAUCAAGUGCAAGGGCUUCACAAACCAAGACUAUCGUUCCCAGACAAUCUGGCAGCUUUACUCCCGUCACUGGUCCACCCAACUUGCAGCCACGUAUGGCUAUUGAGGAUAUGGAAACGGGUUCCCCUGAUGUCUACAACAUGUUCAUCCUGGCUUUGGCGGCCAUGCAGGCAGAUGAUGAGAACCGCGACCUAAGCUACUACCAAGUCAGUGGUAUCCACGGCCGCCCAUACGUUCCAUGGCAGAGCCAGUUCGAUCCUAAUACCAUGGAUCCUAAUCGUGGGUACUGCACACAUGGAAACGCUCUGUUCGCUACAUGGCAUCGGCCCUACCUCAUUCUAAUCGAGGUAUGAGUUAUUACAAGCAUUCCCGUGUUUUAAUAAAUAUGCUGACUAGGAUUUAGCAAAUUCUUUGCGACCAUGCAAUCAGAAUUGCAGGAAGAUUCACUGGCUCAGAUGCGCAGAGGUAUCGUGAAGCUGCUGACAGAGUGCGCCUACCGUGAGUUAUCCUAGCUUCUUUAGAGUGAAAUCGGGGUUAAGCUAAUCACCAUCACAGAUAUUGGGACUGGUCUUCACAAGUUACCAGAUCGCGGCUCCCAACCGCCAUAACUUCGCAAGGAGUCACGGUCGUUCAGCCGGACGCUGGCGGAGCCGCACAGACUACCGUCAUCCCCAACCCCCUGUACGCUUACAGGUUCACCGACGAUCUGAACAGACAGAGAUACUUCGAGGGUGUUUUCCAGACAAUCCCGCAAACCUGCCGUCAACCCGAUGGCUCUUUCAAUUCUCGCAACGAACUCGCAGAGAGCGAGAUGACUAACACCUACGAAGCGUGAGUAUAUCAGUAGUACCUCUCCAAACCUUUACUAACAAGAACGAAAUAUUAGUCGUCGUGCCAAUACCUAUAAUUUGUUCUCCAUCCCCACCUUCGGAGAAUUUGCUGCGGCCUCAGGCGGUGGUGCUUCAGCCCCGAGUAACUGGGUUAGCGUUGAAUCGAUCCACAAUAACAUUCACGGUAAUCCCUUGGAUAAAUUAUCUACUUAACUACCCCAAAAUAGAUUCUAACAACUUUCUUAGCGCACCUUGGCGGUUCAACUGGUCAUAUGUCCUAUGUCGAUUAUGCCGCAUUCGACCCAGUCUUCUGGCUGCAGUGAGUUUCCAGUGCCCUCACUACUAGCAUAUAUUAACAUGCAGUAAUAGUCACUGCAACGUCGACCGUCUUAUCGCAAUGUACCAAGCUGUCUGGCCGAACGAAUAUGUUCAACCCGGUCCAGCUGCUGGCACCUUUGGAAGAAUUGUCCGCCCAGGCGAUCGUGACGAUGUCAAUACCCCGCUGCGACCAUUCCGUCACCCCGAUGGCAGCGAUUGGACCUCUGCAGAUACCAGCUCUGCUGUUAGCAUCAUGAAUUACGGUUAUACCUACCCUGAGAUUCCGACUGAGUACAGGACCAGGCCUCCUCAGGAUUUGACAACUUUUGUCACGGCUAGGGUCAAUGAGCUUUAUAGGCCUUCCUUGGGCGGUGGUGGUGGUACUGGUCCAAAUCCAGGCACUGGAGCUGGCAAUGGCACUGGCUCAGGCACUGGCUCAGGCACCGGCUCGGGAACUGGCACUGGCUCAGGCACCGGCUCGGGAACUGGCACUGGUUCAGGCACCGGCUCGGGGACUGGCAAUGGCACUGACUCAGGAACUGGCUCGGGAACUGGCUCGGGAACUGGCUCGGGAACUGGCUCGGGAACUGGCUCGGGAACUGGCUCGGGAACUGGCUCGGGAACUGGCUCGGGCAAUAGCCCCUACAGGUACCGCCGCGAAUGGAUCGCCCACGUCCAAAUGGAUCAAGGUGAUCUCGACGACAAAUACUCUCUCCUGGUCUUCAUUGGCGACAUUCCGCAAUCAACUGGCUCAUGGCAAACUGCACCGGAUCACGUUGGCGACUGCUCGACUUUCGGUGACGAGAAAUCCCGAAAGGAGCAUGUCAUCCGAGGCUCCGUGCCCCUGACUGAAGCCCUCAUCGCUAAAAAUGUCGACCUUGACCCAACCUCCUGCGUGCCCUACCUGCGCAAGAACCUUAAAUGGGUUGUUCAACAGGUUCGUCCCUACACACACCCCUUCCGAUAGACUCUGACUAAUUGACAUGAAAUAGGGCGACCGCUCCGUACCCAUCAAGUCCCUCAAGUCCAUCAAAGUCGGUGUCUCCAGUUCGGUCGUCGAGUACCCAGAUGACUAUCGUGAACUGCCUAAGUGGAGGAAAGAAGAGACUCACUACGACAUUACCUACCAACGAGACGGAGGUCUUCAGUACAACGAGACCUACCUCGUCAAGAGUGAGGAAGCACCAUCGGUCAUCAGCAACACUAGCAUUUCUCAGGAUCCAGGACGCACGCGAACCCCUCUUAGGAAGCGCUUUGCCAAGCUUAGGUUCUAGAGAGGCUGAGCAUUCGCACCGAUCUAGUUCUUUCCUUAACAUGCUUUGCAUUUCCGGUUUUUUCUUUUGUCUCCCCUUAAUUACUAUUUCUUUCCUUUCUACAGUCUAAUUUUAGUCUUUAGCGUGGGCUUUGAUAUUAUUACGUUCCUUGAGAUAGCCUGUUCUUAGCAUAACAAAUAUAAUUAUAUAUGAUUAUAUU